GUCCAAGCUGGAUGAUCAGCAGACGCCCAACAUCACCACGGACCUGAAGCACGGCCUCGUGAUUGGGAGCAACUUGCUCCUGGGUCCUGGUGGCUACAUCUCCCUGAGCGGACCGGGCAUGCUUACGCACCAGGGACGGUGCUUCACUUUUGACAACUCGGCGGAUGGCUUCGCUCGAGGAGAGGGCGUGGGCUCCGUCAAGCUGAAGGUCUGUGAGGAUUCCGUGGAAGCCUCUGGCCGAGUUGCCAUGCUGAUCGGCUGCAGCGUCAAUCAGGACGGCCGCAGCGCCUCCAUGACGGCGCCACACGGCCCAUCGCAGCAGGAAGUCAUUCGACAGUCCAUGCGGGAGGCUGGCUUGUCCCCCAACAGUAUCACCAUCGCCGAGUGCCACGGAACAGGAACUGCGCUGGGAGAUCCGAUUGAGAUCGGAGCCCUGCGAGGGGUCAUGCGUGCAGACCGGGCCCGUCCCAUUCUGAAGACCAGCUCCAAGACGAACCUGGGCCACUUGGAAGCCGGAGCUGGGAUGGCAGGCUUGAUCAAGUGCAUCUGCAUGUUGAACUACUCCUCGGGGGCUCCCAACAUCCAUCUCCUCGUGCUGAACCCGCACUUGGAUGUGGCCGGCUAUCCUGUCUACUUCGAGUCCGAGUUGCUAGACUACGGCAACAACAGUGGCCUCACCGGCGUGUCAUCCUUCGGCUUCGGAGGCACCAACGCGCGUGCAGACGUGUGGGGCCACGCGACGAAGGGACAUCGCUACUGCAUCACUGGCCCCCUGGAGUCUCUGACGCAGUUUCAAAGAUAG